AUGCCAGUCCGCACCGAACCGCUGUACCCGGCGUAUCUGCCCGUGCGGCCCGAGGGGUCGACCGUGCCCAUCGAUCUGCCGCUGUUCGACGCCGACGAGCGGGGGAGGCACGCUGACCCGUCACUGCCUGCGCUGGAUAACGGCUCGACGACGUUCGAGGCCAUCACGCCGCGCAUCGGGACCCAGGUGUCGGGGGUGCAGCUGAGCCAGUUGACAUCCGAGGGGCUGGACCAGGUGGCGCUGCUUGCUGCCGAGCGGGCGGUAGUCGUCUUCCGCGACCAGGACUUUGCGGACAUUGGGCCCGAGAGGCAGCGGGAGCUGGUGGCCCACUUCGGCCCACUGCACAAGCAUCCCACUAUGGGAUACCCCGAGGGCACGGGACCCGAGUUCCACGUCGUGUAUGCCGACGAGAAAGUGGGCACACUACGCGACCUGCUAGGCCCGCACACGACCUACGACUUCUGGCACAUCGACCAGACGUUUACGCAGAACGUGCCGUCGACAACGUUCUUCUGGGUGCUUGAGAGUCCGGCAAACGGAGGGGGAGAUACGGCCUUCACGUCGCUUACUGCGGCGUAUGAGGCGCUGUCGCCAGCGUACCGCGCCACACUUGCCAAUCUCGAGGUUGAGCAUACUUCGGCGUCGCGGGGCGAGGUUGCGCGAGUCGGUACCGAGCGGGCACUCAAGGAGGCCGUGAAUGCGACCCACCCGCUUGUGAUCGCGCACCCUGUGACUCGAAAACCCGCGCUCUUCGUCAACCCCGCCAUGGGGCGUACAGUCAAGGGCUUCAAGCCGGAAGAAAGCGACCACCUGCUCGGGUUCCUCCACAACCACAUCAAGAGCCUCGACUUUAGCUGCCGUCUUCGAUGGGCACCGGGCACAGUUGUCGUGUGGGACCAGGUCUUCCCCGAGCCGGUACCCUUCGAGCACGUCGACCGCGGACUCUCAGCCGACCCGGCGCUGCCGUUCCUCCUCGAGCCGGGAGUCAAGCGCACCGAGCUGACACCGGUCAUCGGCACCGAGAUCAGCGGGAUCCAGCUGAGCCAGCUCGACUCUACACAGCGAGGUGAGCUGUCCAUUUCGGUCUACCAGCUCACACCAGACCAACUCGCGCUGUUCGUCGCGCAGCGCGGGGUCGUCGUCUUCCGCGACCAGGACUUUGCCGACCUCUCGGCGGAGCAGCAGCUCGAGUUUGUGCGAUACCACGGCCCGCACUACCUCCACCCGGCCGACCGCCACCCUAAAGGCCUGCCAGAGUACUACUCCAUCUUCCAGGACGCGCACGACUCGUCGAUCAAGCGCGCCGUCAACGUCAUCGACAACAAGCUGAGCUCGGUGACCUGGCACACGGAUGGGUCGUCCGAGCUACAACCGCCAGGCCUGACUCUGCUGUUCAUGCUCGAGACGCCGCGCAACGGCGGCGGCGACACGCUGUUCACCUCCACGACCGAGGCGUACGAGCGCCUCUCGCCAGAGUUCCAGAAGCGCCUUGAGGGUCUGCAGGCGGAGCACUUCCUCCAGUACUCGCCCAGCCGGCGCACUCCCCCGCGUAACGUCCACCCGGUGGUGCGCACGCACCCCGUCACGCGGAAGAAGAUCCUGUUCGUCAACGAGGUGAACACUACCAAGAUUAUAGGGUAUCGCAAGGAGGAGAGCGACAACCUCAUCCAGUUCUUGACUGGGCACAUUGCGCGCGCGCAGGACAUUGCCUGUCGCGUGCGCUGGGAGCCCAACACUGUCAUUGUAUGGGACAACCGCUCGACCCAGCAUACUGCGACGACAAACUUCCCGUCAGAUCAGCGGCGACACCUGUGUCGCAUCACCAGCGUCGCAGAGCGGCCAUUCUAG